CACAGUUGUGCAUGAGUCAUUAGUCCUUUAUACACACAAACAUACACUCUGUUUUCUGAAGUGGUCAGCUGCAGGUGACAGCGGACAGAAGGACACUGGUGGUUUCUGACACCUCAGGGGGUUGAAGCCAAGUCAUUGUCACCCAUAAUUUCUUUCUGGUCAUCAGUGGUCACAUAUUACACCAGGCUGCGACAUCCACCAAACUGCAGAGUCUCCACCACCACCAUGGCCAUCACAGACUUUUUAGCAGCUUCAGACAUCACUUCGGCUAUUAAUGCUUGCAAAGCGAAGGAUUCCUUCAGCCCGAAGAUGUUUUUCAAAACAGUGGGUUUAUCCAAGAAAACUCCAACAGAGAUCGAGAGAGUCUUUAAGAUUCUGGACCAGGACAAAAGUGGCUUCAUAGAACAGGAUGAAUUACAACUGUUUCUGCAGAACUUCUCCAAAGGAGCGAGGCCCCUGACUGCAGCUGAGACCAGAGCGUUUCUGUCAGAGGGAGACUCCGAUGGAGAUGGGAAGAUUGGCUGGGAAGAGUUUUCUGCGUUGGUCAAGUCUUCAUAAAUUGUACCCGACCCUGGUGACUUGUUGGUGAAAUCCCAGAAUGGACCACUUUUUAUAUUUUCACCCCAGCUACAAUGAAGAACUUCAACUGAUUCAGGGAACUUAAUUUUAUGAUAUUGAAAGAUUAAUUUUAGUUUUUAUCAAGGAAUAUGUUUUAGUGAAAUCUGUCUCCUCUGUCAUGCCAUCCCCUGCCAUAGAAGUGUAAAAUAAAUAGACCUGUGUCCAUGAAA